AUGAACAAGAUUCUUCUGUACUUUGCUUUAUUGAUCGUUUGUGUUGGUACGGCCAACGCUAUAAAUUGUUACUUUUGCGGCAACUGUCCGAAUCCAUUUUAUCCCUCAUCAGCUGUAUCUGUAGCACCAUCAUCGACUGGAUAUUGUGCUAAGAAAAGCCGAUCAUCGGAUUAUCGUGUUCAAGCUACGCGAGGACCUGCCGAACCUUAUCUUUGCUCAUGGUCUGGGUGCCGAUGGUCAGCUGAUGCUGGUGGCCCUCUCUUUGUUUGCUGUUGUAGAGGUAACCUUUGUAACACAGGCAGUAUGACAUCGAAAUCUACUAUUGCUGUAAUUAUUGGUACUUUGGCCCUUGUUGUUUUCAACCGAUUAUUUUAA